GUUACACAACCACUUUUGCAAAAAAAUCGUUGCCUCGUUGGUCCGGGAAGCCAUGGAAACCAUGUCCCUUUUCGGCCUGUUUUGCUUAGCACUGGCUCUGGCAGCGCACUACUUUGGGUGCAUGUUGGGAAAACGCUCAAAGAGUGGCGCCAGCUUGGUGAUUGCUACAACCUGUGUGUGGUCUCUCUCGAUCAUCCGUCCCUUACCGCAUUUUGUCGUCCUUGGAAUUGCAGGUGUAGCAGCAGCUUCCUUGCCUGCUGCAUUGCAAAGUCCUUUUCAGAAAACCAAGAGCACCACCAUGUCGGCCACAGCUUUGCUGUGGAAACUAGUGUGUGCCAUGCUGAAACGGGGGGAGCUCGGCCAGGUGAUGAUUUGUUUGGUGUGGGGCAUGCAUUGUUUCGUCACACACGUGCUGCUGGAGUUGGAGGAUCUCGUGCUGGACCUAUGGCCAUGGCUUUGGCGGGGAGAGGAUGUGGUGGUGAUUUUGGGUCAUCCCCGAAGUGCUUCCACGCAUGUGCAUCAUAUGCUGAGCCAGACUUUGCCAGAGAGUGCUUCGUUGACCUUUUAUGAUGUCCUUUUCCCAUCACUUAUCCAAUGGUUUUGCAUGCAGCCAUUCAAGCCUUUGGCCAACAUGUUCCUAAGCCUUCUCGACUCGCCUCAGCACCGGAUUGCUGUCGAUGAAGUGGCAGAGGAGCAGCAAUGGUUGCUGUUGAAGUUCAAGGACAUUUUGUUGCCGAUGCUCUUCCCAGCUAUGGUGGAUGACCCUGAUCUCUUCCGUGCAUCCUGCGACUACACAGAAGCAGAUAUGAUGUUCAUCAAGGGCUGCAUGAGACGAUUGUUGAUCCGCAAGCCAACGACGGAGAGCAAGCUCUACAUCGCUCGCAUGCUCACCUUCUGACCAUGGCCGCAGUACAUCACCGCGGCCUUUCCAGAUGCCAAGUUCAUCGUGUGCUUGCGCAGUGCGGAGGACUGUUUGCGCUCCUUUGUCAGCCUGGCAGCGGUGCACUCAGGCGGCAACCCUCACACGCCACUGUGCAAGAAAUGGGCUCAGAAUUGCGCUGACACCUUGACAAAAGGCACUGUUCAAGGUUUGCAGCAACUUGUGAACGGCAAUGUGCCAGAUGCAGGAGUAGUGAUGCAAGUGAGCUUCCGCAGCUGGAAAGCGAAAACCCGCAGUUCUUUGAUUUCUCUCCUGAAGGAGUUAGGACUGCAGGGUGAGCUGAAAUCUGAGGGAGGACAGGAAGUGAAAGUUGAUCGACGUGGGAAACAUGAAAGCAAUCCAGACGUGACGGAUUGCCUCGAGGGAGUGACGAUAGCCAGAAGCGCUAUUGAUGACAUGAACUUGAUGAUGGCCAAAAUGGCUUGAGUUCUUGUGGCUUAAUCCCAGGUUGCAACCCGACGUAGGCAGGGUAUGACUGCUUUGCUGAAGCGUCGAGCUUUGUCUCCAGCAGUUGGAUCAUGGCGCGGUUGUAUAGCGGGGUUUUCUUCGUGACAGCCUGACAACCA